GACACGGCUCAGUAAAACCUGGUCUUUGGUGACCCUUUAUCAACCCUCAACAACAACAACAACACACCAUCUGAGAAGGAAGGAACCAGCAACCUGCAGGAACAAGGAGGAAGAUUAUUGUUAUUGUUACAGUCAGAAGUAAGCGCUAAGCCCACGAGGGUCAUACGGUGCUAUCACAAGGCGGAAAAAAUUCUCCGAAGAGAUAUAUUUACUUCAAGAAACCACCUUAACAUCACCCCUGAUAAAGCAUGUUUAGGUUUCGCACGUGUUUCCUUUCAGUAGUAAAAACUUGUGUGCCCAAGACCACAAGACAUUAUCGUAAAUUUGCAAGGCAGCCGGUGAGAGUACACCUCAGCACCGUGGACCAAGCUGAACAAACACUCAAGCAAUAUGAAAACAUGGUUUCUAGAAGCAGGAGCAAUACUUACACUAACACAAAACAUAAGCUGAGGCAAGAUGUUAAUGCCACUAAUGACUUGACUUCACAGCAAACUGUACAAAAAUCGAGGCCAGAGAAGAAAUUGCCAGAUUAUGAAGUUUGUAAUAGUUCUUCAGAUAUCUCACAAGUUUUAGUGAAUGAAAUUCAGUUCACACAUUUAAAAGAUGCUAGGAACUUCAUAAGGAGUAUGCUUAAUAACAUUAACUCCAGGAAGUUCAGAGAUGAAAACAAGCUCUUUGUGGUAGAAGGUUUUCGCAUUGUGAAGGAAGCUCUAGAUGCUGGCAUUACUCCUGAAGCUAUCUUCUUUAGUCGACUUUGUGAUAUUGCCCGUUUGAAAUCUGCACCCUCUGGUUUGGAAUUGAAGGAACUUAAUGCAUUAAAUGAGUUGCCACUGUACAAGAGCCCAUACAAAAAUCUUCAAAUGCGGUCUUCACUUACAACUUGCCCUGGCAUUAUAGGUGUUUUUAAGCGACCAGAUUCUCUGCAUACUUCACUGAAUCUUCCAUUAACUGUAAUCCUUGAUGAAAUACGAGAACCCGGGAACAUUGGUGGGAUUCUGCGUACAGUUGCAGCAGUUGGAAUUGAUCAUGUGAUUCUUAUGAAAGGAUGCUGUGAUCCAUGGGAAUCCAAAGUUUUACGGGCAGCGUGUGGAGCACAUUUUCGGGUGAAGCUGACACCUAAGGUGACUUGGGACACUAUUAGAAAUUAUAUUCCAGAAGAUGCUUCCCUUCUCCUAGCUGAUAUGUGCCAAGAUAGAGAUUAUAAUGAAAAUGUACAGCUAAAAGAUUCAGCAGAAAUUCCACUGGUCAAAAAUCGCAAGUCUGAGGUUAAUGAAAAUGAAAACGUAGGCACAUAUGAAAUUGACAGUGAUGGAAACAAAAUAGUUAUUGAUUCCAUGUAUAAUAAUGAAGCACUCCUUUCUCAAUUUAAGAAUGUGAAAUUUCCUCUUCAUUACUAUGAUGACUUUGAACUUAGUCGUAAGAUCUUCGGUACAAAACUUGGUGCUUUUCUAAUAAUUGGUGGAGAGAUUGGCAUCAGCAAUGCAGCAAAAAUGUUUUCUUAUAAUAAUGGGGGUAUUCAAGUGGCAGUUCCUCUUGCGAAUGGUAUGGAUAGUUUAAACAUGAGUGUUGCUGCAGGCAUUAUCCUUUAUGAAAUUCAAAGGCAAUAUCAUCAUUAUUUCUGUCAUGAGCAACAUGAAGAGCCCUAAUUUUGUUAAACGGUGUUUUUGUCUGUAUGACCAUUAUUUCUAGCCAUCUCCUCUGUGUCCUGUCUUAUCUUUCAGUUUCUCUUGAGAGUGGUUCCUCAAUGCCAGUGAGGGGCUCUUAAUCAAGGGAAUUGGACUUUCUCUCCUUGGAUCACUCCUAAUUGCCUGCCAUUUCCUUCCCCAGGGUACUGUACAAUAUGACAGGGUGCACAAAAAUAUGACAAAGUAUUGGAAUUUUUAUGUGUAAAUUAAUUUGUCAUCUUGUAUCUCACUAGUUUAUAAAAUACCAUAUCACAAAAUGCCACUUCUUAAGCAUAUAACUUAACUAAUAAAUUAUUUGAGUGUCAGACAAUAAAUCCAUUGAGGAAGAAGUUCCUUAAAAUAUUUUUGAACUCCAUAUGUAUAUAUAUUUUUUUCAACACAUAGGCCAUCUCCUACCAAGGCAGGGUGAGCCAAUAACGAAGAAAACUGUAAGGUUUUUCUUCCUUUUACAUUUAGUAAUUUAUACAGAAGGGGUUACUAGCCCCAUGCUCUCGGAAUUUUAGUCGCCUUUUACAACAUGCAUGGCUUAUGGAGGAAAGAUUCUUGCCCACUUCCCCAUGAAGAUGAGAGGAAAUAAAUAAGAGCAAGAACUAUUAAGAAAUUAGAAGAAAACUCAAGAUAGGUAUGUAUACAUAUGUGUACAUAAAUAUGUAGGGGUGACCUAAAUGUAAGUAGAAGUAUCAAGAUGUACAUGUUUAUCUUGUAUGUUUAUGAGACAGAAAAAAAAGACACACAUUUGCACAUUUCCAUUACACACACAUUUGGCAGGAGAGUAGUACUUCCCUGGGAAGUUGCUGUCUACCAACCUACUACUUAAAACACAUGUAUAUAUUACGUAUUAUUAUGAUCAAGUUAAGUGCUAAACUACACAUGUAUUUAGUUAAUUACUUUAUUAAACAUUAGAUGGUAUCUUAAAUAAAUUCUUUAACUAACAUUGUUUAUUAUAAUAAUGGUUAAUGAAUAAGAUACAUGCAACACUUUGGUAUCUUUAUUUCUGAAAUGUUUCACCUACACAGUACAGCUUCUCAAGGCUGUUGGACUGAUCACAUCAUCCUUACCUCUCCACUGCUUCUGCUGUCUCCAAAUUUAGUCACUUUUGCACUACUGUGUAGGCAAAAUGUUUCAGAUGAUGUCUUCAACUGCUACACCUCUAACUCUGUAUUCCUCUAAUUCAAGUAUAUAAAUCUUGGUCCUCAUGCCUCUGAAUUAGAUUGAAAAAAGCCUGCUGUGCAGGCAAAACUUCUCAUCAUGAAGAAAACUAAUGAGCUUUUGACUUACGUGCAACGCCUGGUUAAGUAGACAUGAUUUAAAACAAGACUGAAAUUACAAGUUUAUAUCACUCACUUAUAUGCCCACAAAGAGAUCUUGAUUCAAGGCAUUGGGCCUUUUCUCCACUUAUUUGGAUUGAAUCCAAUUGCCUCCAGCUUCCCAUGCACUGACUCAAGAGUUCAGAUUAUUUUUUAUAUAUAUUAGGUGGACAUGCUAAACCCAUGUAUGGGUCAUAUAGGACCUGGAGAACGGGAGGAAAUCGGGCUCAGUUCUAGGAAGGGGAGCAUAGUUUCAGUUCCUGGGAUCAAGAGCCCCUCACCAGUGUCAGUGAGCCAUUAUCAUAUGUCAAAUUAAUCUGAGAGUAGUGUUAGGUGCACAUACUACCUCUAGACUGCACCAGAGGAGAAAAUUUAGCAAACUACUGGCAUACUGUAGAUACCUGGGAAGCCUACAAAGAAGCUUAAGCUGAGAAAUGGGUUCUAUAAAGGUGGGUCACCACAAUAAAGUGAUCAUGCAUCAGGGGAUGCAAUAAUGUCAGUAAGCCAUGGAACAGAAUUUCACUCAUAUUCAAACAGGUGCAGAACUAAGUUGAAUGUCUGAAGAAUUAAAUAAAAUUUUUUUAUAGUAAAGUAUUAUCAUAUCAAUAUACAAAUAACGUGUACAUGGGAGAAUGAAAAUUAUGACUAAUGGUCUUAAGUCGGACUGAAAUGUCGUCAUAAGUUUCAUUCUCUUCUGUUCAGGUUAUUUGUGUAUUGUUCCAGUCAUGGUAUUUUGCCUUUUUAUUCUUUUUUUUAACACUGACCAUUUUCCACUGAGGCAGGGUGACCCAGAAAAUAAAAUAAAAUAAAAUUC